CAAAACAGGCCAAUCUCGGACUCAGCCAUCUUGUCCGACUACUUGGCUUUGAACUACGUCUCCCAGAGUUCAUAGCGGCCCGACGUUACAGCUCCAGACGUCGUGGCGAGAACAGUAGCUCCACAAGGACCCUUAGGCUACUAAAGGAGGCAGAAGACAAGGUCUCACUGUGUUUAGGCUGCUAUUGAAUUCACUAUGUAACCCAAGUUGGCCUCAAAGUCAUGAAAUCCGCCUUCCCAGCCUUCCAAGUGCUGGGAUUACAGAUCCCUGCACAUGUCCAAGUGAAGAAGUCAGAAAAAAGAUAGAAGUCAAAUAAUUCCAAAAGCCAUGGCCCAUGGUCUCUCCGUGCAGUUCAGGCUGGCAUUGGAUUCACUUUGUAGCCCAGACAGAGUCUCACUGUAUAUCCCAGGCUGGCCUCAAACAUGCAGCAAUCCCUGUGCCUCACCCUCUAUUACAGGGAUUGGUGACAUUCACAGAUGUGGCCAUAGAAUUCUCUCAGGAAGAAUGGAAGUGCCUGGAACCUUCCCAGAGGGACUUGUACAGAGAUGUGACUUUGGAGAACUUCAGUCACUUGGUCACACUAGGACUUUCUAUUUCAAAACCUGAUGUCAUCUCCCUAUUAGAGCAAGGAAAAGAGCCAUGGAUGAUUACCGAUGACUUAAUAGGACCAUGGUAUCAAGGUUUGGAGUCCAGAUGUGAGACAGUUUCACAAAAACAUGUUUUUGAAAUAAAGUCCUUCGGUUGGGAGGUAAUGGAAACUCUUGAAAACUGUGAUUUUGAGGGUUCUAGUUUUAGAGGUGACUGGGAAUGCAGUGGCCAAUUUGAGAGACAAGAAGCAAAUCAGGAGUGCUGUUUCAAGCAAGUGGAAGUCACCUAUGAAAAUAUUCCCAGUUCCAAGCACCACAAAUCCCGCACUCCCCAUCAGCACAGUGAGACAAGCGAGAAACUGAUUGAAUGCAGUGAAUGUGGGAAAGCAUUUAGCCGUGGCUCACACCUUAGUCAACAUCAGAAAACUCACACUGGUGAAAAGCCCUUUGAUUGUAAAGAUUGUGGGAAGGCCUUUAGCCGGGCCUCACACCUUGUUCAACAUCAGCGAAUUCAUACAGGUGAGAAACCUUACAGCUGUAAGGAAUGUGGGAAGGCAUUUAGUCGAACUUCAGAGCUUAUUCUACACCAGAGACUUCAUACUGGUGUCAAACCCUAUGAAUGUAAAGAAUGUGGAAAGACCUUUAGGCAGCAUUCACAACUUACUCUGCAUCAAAGAACUCACACAGGUGAGAAACCCUACGUGUGUAAAGACUGUGGGAAGGCUUUUAUCCGGGGCUCACAACUUACUGUUCAUCGCAGAAUUCACACAGGUGCUCGGCCCUACCAGUGUAAAGAGUGUGGGAAAGCCUUCAGACAGCACUCGCAGCUGACUGUCCAUCAGCGGAUCCAUACUGGGGAGAAGCCCUACGAAUGUAAAGAAUGUGGGAAGGGCUUUAUUCACAGCUCAGAAGUUACUCGGCAUCAAAGAAUCCAUUCUGGGGAGAAGCCCUAUGAAUGUAAGGAAUGUGGGAAGGCCUUUAGACAGCAUGCACAGCUCACACGACACCUGAGAGUUCAUACAGGGGACAGACCCUAUGGAUGCACGGACUGUGGGAAGGCCUUUAGUCGCAGUUCCUACCUUAUUCAGCAUCAGAGAAUUCAUACAGGAGACAAGCCUUACGAAUGUAAGGAAUGUGGGAAAGCAUUUAUUCGUGUUUCACAGCUAACCCACCAUCAGCGAAUUCACACCUGUGAGAAGCCCUACGAAUGUAGGGAAUGUGGGAUGGCCUUCAUCCGUAGUUCACAGCUUACUGAACAUCAGAGAAUCCAUCCUGGCAUCAAGCCUUAUGAAUGCAGAGAGUGUGGGCAGGCCUUUGUCCUUGGCUCUCAGCUCAUUGAACACUACAGAAUCCAUACUAGUUAGCAAACCCCAGAUGCAAGGGACAUAGAAAAGCCUCUGUAUUGGUUCAGGCAUGGCUCAGUAUUAGAUCUGUAUCAAUAUAAAUAAUGUCAGAAAACCUUCAUUGGUCACUUUUAUUGUGGAACAUUAGGCAACACAUACCAAUAAGAAAAUUCAAUAAAUGUGAGAGUUCUUUUUGUCUCUCUUACUGUUUACUAAGCAUCAGAAAAAUCUGUGUUGUAAAAAGUUAAUAAGAAGGGCUGGGGAUUUAACUCAACGGCAUAAGCGCCUGCCUUGCAAGUGUGCGUCGUGAGUUCAAUCCCUGGUAUCGAUAAAAUGAAAAAGACCAAAAAAAAAAAAAAAUAAAUAAAAAGUUAAUAAGAAUCUUGACCAGAUUUCUAUUUACAUUUGAAAUAUGUUAAAUUUUUGAGAAUUCCAAAUAGAAAAUGACCAAUGCAGGGGUGAGCACUCGUAGUCCCAGUUUCUUGGGAAGGUGAGGCAGGAGGAUCACUUGAGCCCAGCAGUUCAAAACCAGCCUGAGCAACAUAGCAAGACCUUGCCUCAAAAGAAAAUGUGAAAGUGCCUUUUUUCACGGUGACCUUACUUGACAUUAUCUUCUCAUUUCCAUUGUUACUGACUGUAGAGCAUUAGGGAAAUUUUUGUAAUCUGUGUCCCUCAUUUCCUUACUUUUUUCACUUAUUUUUAAGUGAUAAUUAUAUCUACCUAAUAGAGAGUUCUCAUGAAGACUAAGUCUAUUUUUUUUAUAAAGCCUUUAAUCAUAUCUGGAACAUGUAUGUGCUCAGUAAGUACUAGCUAUUGUCAUUAAUUUUGUUGUAUCAGGUCAUGUGUAAGGAGGAACUUAUGGAUAUAUCAAGGAUCUAAAAGCUGUCAUAUCCAUUUAUAAUAUUUCAUUCCAAAAAAACAGUAAUAAGGCCGUAAUUAUCACAAAAAAGGCCUUCAUUUAGCCUGUAUAGUGGCAAAUGCCUGUAAUCCCAGAAUUCAGAAGGCUGAGCCAAAAAGAUUACCUCAAGUUCAAGGCCAGCCUGAGCUACAUAGUGAAUUCAAGGCCAGCCUGAAAUAUAGAAAUUAAGAGUAACCAAAAGAAAUGUACCUGUGAAGAAAUCUAAAAUCAUCCGUCAGUGUAACUUAGUCUAACAAGAAAUUAAAACUGAAAUUACAGCCAGGCACAAUGGUGCACGCUUACAAUCCCAGUUAUUUAGGAGGCUGAAGCAGGAGAAUCAUCAAGUACAAGGCAGCUUGGGGAAUUUAGACCAUCAAGAGUUGCAAAAAAAACCACAAGAACCUACAACCUAGACAUGAAUAAUAGUAAAUUCUGCAUAUUAAAAACCAGUUCACUGGGUCUGGGGGUUUAGCUCAGUGGCACAGGUGCCUGCUUGGCAAGCACAAGGUCAUGAGUUCGAUACCUGGUACCAACAAAAAACCCAAAACGGUUCGUUGUUGCCAAAGCUGUACUCUAAAAAGAACUCAAGGAUUUAAGUUAGGAGUUUUGUCACCAAGCACAGAUCUCUGGCACUUAGUCAUUCCCAGUCACAUACUGAGCAUGUUGAAUGAAUGAUAUUCUAAUGUUAGAAAAGAAUCACAACAUAAACCCAAAUCAAUAGUGAGAAUGAUUAAAAGUAAAAAUGUUAUUAUAAUCCCAGCAUACAGGAAGCUGAGAUAGGAAGAUAGCUAUCAGUUUAAGGCCAGUCUAAACUAUAUAGUGACACCCUUAUCAAAGCACCAAAAAAAAAAGUUUUUAAAAUGAAAACCAAAAUAGUAACCAUAAUCUAAAAGUUGUUAUUUAACAGUACAAUAAGAGAACACUUUACAAAUGUCUUCUAACAAAUACAAAGGGAAUGGAAACUUUAAAAAACAACUUAUUGUGUAUGACUUCAUUCUAAUAUAUUUGAAAAGCUAGAGAACAGAUUUUUACAAAAAUAUCAAAUUGGUUCAAGAUGUGGAAUGCCUAAAUAAAUCAGUGAUUAUGAAAGGACAAGAAAAUUCAUCAAAACUUUCUCCCUUCGAAAGCAACCACUUUAGAGCAUAAGGACAUCAUAGUGCAGUGGUGUAAAGUGUUUAUCAAGCAUGAAUGAUCCCCAGCAUCACGAAACAAAAGAGAUUUUUAAAAAGUGUGUAAGAGGCUGGGGAUUUAGCUCAGUGGCAUAAGUGUCUGCCUUGCAAGUGCGUGGUCAUGAGUUUGGCCCCUGGUACUGAUAAAAAAAAAAAAAAAAAGUAUGUAGGGGCCGAGGUUUAGCUCAGUGGUAUAUGUGCCUGCUUGGCAAAUGCAAAGUCGUGACUUUCAUCCAUCCCCAAUACCAAAAUAAAAUAAAACAAUGUGUGGGGCCUGGGGAUUUAGCUCAGUGGCGUAAGUGCCUGCCUGGCAAGCAUGAGGUCAUGAGUUCAAUCCCCAGUACAAAAAAAAAAAGCGUGAUGGCACAGGGAAUUGAAUACAGGGUCUUACAUCCCAUCCCUUUAAAAAAAAUAUUUUGCUGAGCUGGAGAUUUAGCUCAGUGGCAUAAGUACCUACUUUGCAAAUGCGUGGUCUUAAAUUCAAUCCCUGGUACAAAAAAAAAAAAAAAUAUAUAUAUAUAUAUAUAUAUAUAUAUACACUUAUACAUACAUAUAUACAUAUAUAUAUAUUUUUUUACAGAUUCUUACGGAGUUAACUCAGCUAGACUGGAUCUUGCAAUCCUCUCAAAUUUGUAAUCCUCCUGCCUCAACCUUCUAGAGUGCUGGGAUUAUAAGUGUUUACUACUAUGCCUAGCAGGAAACGUUUUAAUCUACAGAAAUUUCAAGGAACAGAUAAUUUUUUUUCCCUUGAUACUGGGGAUUGAACUCACGACCUUGCACAUGCCAAGGAGACACACUGCUGAGCUAAACCCUGGCUUGUUGUGUUUUUGAAACAUGGUCUCCCUAUGCAGUUCUGGCUGCCACAGAUGCUUACUUUGUUUGUUUGUUUUGUCUUUUUCAUUUUUAUUGGUACCAGGAAUUGAACUCACGACCACCUGCUUGCAAGGCAGGUGCUUAUGCUGCUGAGCUAAAUCCUCAGCCCCCAGAUGCUUACUUUGUAGCUCAGGCUGGACUCAAAUUUUCAGUAAUCCUCCUGUCUCAGCCUUCUGAGUGCUGGGAUUAUGGGCAUGCACCACUAUGCCCCACUGGAAGCUGGCCAGUUUAUUUUGAAGGAUAAAUAAAAUUCUGAUUAACAAAACAUUAAGGAAAAGUUUUUGAAAAGAACUACAGUUUAUAUACUUCUCAAAAAACAAAUUGUAGGGGGCUGGGGAUUUAGCUCAGUGGCAUAAGCACCUGCCUUGCAAGCAGGCAGUCGUGAGUUCAAUCCCCGGUACCGAUUAAAAAAAAAAGGAAAAAGACAAAAAAAAAAAAUUGUAGAUUAUUGUCAUUUAUGAAGAGAUAAAUAUAAGUAAAAUUCCUGCUUAUUUAAGCCAGUACUCAAUUAAAAAACUAAUUUUUAAGUUUAAUGUUUGAGACUUCACCUGCUUUGGAUUAAUUUAUGUUUUCAGAAUUUUGGUAUUGUAACUAGAAAGUCACAGUAAUGAUGAAGACAUCCUUGACUGAACUCCAGUGACAGGUCAGGGUUUGUGAAUGAAUCUCAGGAAUAUCAAGAAACUGAUCCCCUCACACUUGGGGCAGCCAGACUCUGGGGCAGGGGGUCAGAUGCACUGAUGCCAACCUCUUACCAGACACCCUGAGUGUUGGCCAGAAACCUAGAUUUUCUGCAUGUCCGUUGCUUACAGAAGAUUAAUAUUCUGUAUGUCGUAUUUUUAAGUUAUUUAGUGAUUAAAAUGUACAGUUGAGGUAGAGUGCUUGCCUACCAUGCAAAAUGCCCUGGGUUCAAUUCCUAGCACCAAAAAGAGAAAGGGAAAGAGUAGUAGUUAGAGAAGCUCAAAGCUGAACAUUAAAAAUUGCUCCAUUGCAUAGUUAAAGGAUAUCCAUAGGAUAAAAAAUUAUAAAUUGUGACAAUAACUGAUUCCAGUAUGUAUGUAUGUAUAAGUGUGCAUAUAUAUGUAUACACAUACACGCACAUACAUAAUUUUUUUGAGACAGAGUCUCACAGUGGAGUCCAGGCUGACCUUGAAUUCACAGUGAUUCUUCUGCCUCAGCCUCCCAAGUGCUGGGAUUACAGGCAUGGUCACCAUGCCAGGCUAUGUACUGUUAAAUUAUGAGACAAUAACUGAUAUCAGUAUAUUGUUUGUGUACUUGAUGAUUUAUAUUUCCGUAAGCACAAACAUACACUUUAUUAAAACUUUUUAUACCGUGAUAGCAACUUGUUAUACCUUACUCUUUCCUCUUAGCCACACAUCUUCAUACAUAGCUGCUUCACUUUCCUAACAAAUCCUUACUGUUCCCUUAUGUGUGUUUUACACUUUAACCCUAUUUAGAGGAGGUUUUUUGAUUACUUUCAAACAAUCCUAAUAAACAUCUCCCUUACACGUAA